AUGAGGAGUACAUCAUCAUCCAAAAAACCGUCGUCGUUGAAGGUGCUGACAACGAAGUUGAAGGAGAUGCAAGCUACUGUAAAUGACAUCGGGCAUUUUGUUGAUCGUUACAAGGAGGAUACAACCAUCGGUGAGGUGGAGGUUCGCCUAGAGAGAUUGGAAAACCUUUUGGAAAAAUAUGGUGAGACGCUGAUCGAAAUCAAGGUGCACGACGAUUUUGAUCCCUCCGAUGGGACCUACGAUGAGGAGCGACAGGAAUUCUGUGAACGGUUUUACCACGUCAAAUCCUUUCUCAAGGAUAAGAUGAGAGGAAUGACGGAUCUACCAGUGAAAAACCAAUCGGUCUGUUCAGAGGAUAAUCCUAUUCCUCAUACGCAUGAGCACGUUCGUCUACCACAAAUCCGAUUACAAACGUUCAAUGGGGAUAUUGACGAAUGGAUCAGCUUCCGAGAUUUGUUCAUUUCUGUGAUCCAUUCGAAGCCGGAUCUUCCAGAGGUAGAAAAACUUCAUUAUUUGAAGGGCUGUUUGAUAGGGGAACCACGAAAUCUAAUCGAUCCUCUACAAAUUACGACGACAAACUACCACAUCGCUUGGGAGAUGCUGCUGAAGCGAUACAAUGACAGCAAACAGCUAAGAAGGCGCCAGGUUCAGUCACUCUUUUCGCUGCCAACGAUCAACAAGGAAUCCAUUGCGGAACUGCAUGAGCUACUGGAAGGUUUUGAAAGGACUGUGCAGACGUUAGAUCAAAUUAUCCAACAGGUUGAAUAUAAAGAUCUCCUGCUAGUGAAUAUACUGACGUCACGGUUGGACCCUGUUACUCGCAGAGGUUGGGAGGAAUUCACGGCUAGUAAGGAACGAGAUACCGUGGCUGAUUUGACGGAGUUCAUUCGAAGACGGAUACACGUAUUGGAGUCAAUGCCUAUGAAGACCGUUUCCAACUCACAACAACCUGUAACCAAACCGAAAGCUGCUGGGGUAAAGGCCAGUUUCAGUACGGCGACAGUGGUUCGCUGUAUAGCGUGUUCUUCCAAUCAUCUUUUACACCUAUGUUCAACAUUUCUCCAGAUGAACAUGUCAGAUCGAGAGGCACUUCUUCGAACUCACGCUUUGUGUCGAAACUGCUUCAGAACGGGCCAUCAGGCGAAGGAUUGUCAGUCAAGGUUCUCAUGUCGCAAAUGCAAGGGACGACACCAUACCCUGGUGUGCUUUAAGUUGGGGAAGGAUGGCGGGACGAGCACAGCUAACAGUGGUAAAACCAGUAGCUCGAACAAUCCAAUUGGGGGCAAGGGCCCAACGAAUUCCACUCAUGUUGCAAACCUAGCAUCCAACAGUAUGAUUUCCGGCACCGUACAGCAAUAUUCCUCACAAGUCCUGUUAGCUACAGCAGUCGUGCUGUUGGAAGAUGACGAUGGCAACCAAUAUCCAGCUCGAGCGCUACUCGAUUCCGGGUCCGAGAGCAAUUUUCUCUCCGUAAGAUUAAGUCAAUUCCUGAAGGUUAAUCGAGAUAAGGUGGACAUCUCAGUAUUAGGAAUCGGACAAACAUCAACCAGGGUAAAUCAACGCAUUUAUGCUACCGUCAAGUCGAGAGUUUCGAAUUUUUCCCGUGAGUUGAACUUCCUCGUACUGCCUCGAGUGACAGUGAACUUACCCACGGCCAAUGUGAAUACAAUUGGGUGGAAGAUACCAGAAGGGGUAGAGUUGGCCGAUCCUUCCUUCUGUAUAUCUAAGAGCGUGGAUGUCGUUCUAGGGAUCGAAUCCUUCUUUGACUACUUCGAGACAGGUCGUAGAAUCAGCUUAGGAGAGAAUUUGCCAUCGCUGAAUGAGUCGGUCUUUGGAUGGAUUGUCUGUGGUGGACUGUCCGUAGUAAAUCAUCCCUUACGCAUAAAUUGCAAUAUGUCUACGGCUGAAAAACAAAGCAAAGGGUUUUCACCGGAGGAGACACGGUGCGAGUUGUUUUAUGCAAAUACGGUACGGCGAGAGACAGAUGGGCGGUUUACUGUUUCGCUACCGAGAAAUGGAGACGUUUUGGCGCAGUUAGGCGAGUCGAGGGACAUCGCUUUGCGACGGCUUCAUGGGACCGAACGACGGUUAGCCAGGGAUGACGGAUUACGGGAACAGUAUAUCGCGUUUAUGUCGGAGUAUCAGCAGCUUGGACACAUGCGGAAGGUAGUUGGUGAGGAAAUUAAUCCAUGUCAGCGUUGUUACCUGCCACAUCACCCAGUCAUCAAGGAGGCAAGCACAACGACUAAGGUUAGGGUGGUGUUCGAUGCCUCCUGCAAAACGAAAUCCGGAAAAUCAUUAAAUGAUUGCCUCUUGGUGGGCCCAAUAAUACAGGAUGACUUGAGGUCCAUUAUCCUACGAUGUCGAAUCAAGCAAAUCAUGCUGGUUGCGGACGUGGAAAAGAUGUUCCGCCAAAUCAAUGUACACCAAGAAGAUCGGUCACUACAAUGCAUCCUUUGGCGCGAAUCACCGUCCGAAGAGGUAUCAGUCUACGAACUAAACACGGUGAUGUAUGGAACCAAAUCAGCUCCGUUUCUUGCCACGAGAACGCUGAAACAGCUAGCAAUGGAGGAGGAACAACGAUUUCCCAUCGCAGCAAGAGCCGUUAGCGAGGACACGUAUAUGGAUGACGUGUUAACAGGAACUGAUGACGUUGAAGAAGCGUUGCGACUGAGAUUCGAAUUGGAAAAGAUGAUGGAAAGUGGAGGUUUUCGAUUGAAACCUGGAAAAGAUGAUGGAAAGUGGAGGUUUUCGAUUGAGAAAGUGGGCGUCAAAUCACCCAGAUGUUCUAAGAGAUGUUCCUAA